AUGUCCAGAAGCCAGAAGACCCCCUCGCUCAGUCCUAGCUCUGGCCGCAAGGCAAAAGUUCCCCGAAGUCUCAAGGCAGUUGAAGAUCAGCUAAAGAUAUGUGGCCACAAGAGGGAUUCUGAUGUCUUUGAGCUGUUCCUUUCUAAAAAGGAACUGACAGAGCUUAUUGAUCUUUCUCGAUUUAAAAAAUUAAAAUAUUUAUGGCUCCAUCAUAAUAAGCUACAUGGGAUAGCCUUUUUAACCAGAAACUAUUGUCUGGCAGAGCUGUAUCUAAACAACAAUGAAAUCUUUGAGAUAGAAGGCCUGCGUAACUUGCCCUCGCUGCACACUCUCCUGUUACACCACAAUGAGCUGACCAACCUUGAUGCCACCAUGAAGGAGCUAAAGGGAAUGCACAGCCUGAAGAUCCUAAGUCUGUACAAAAACCCUUUAUCGCAAUAUAACCUCUAUCGUCUGCAUGUCAUCUACCACCUUCCGGAAGUUGAGCUGCUUGAUGGGAAACAAGUUACAGAGAAAGAGAGAAGAUCUAUGAUUACCAUUUUUGACCACAAGAAAGCUCAUAUUGUUCAAUCAAUAGCCUUUGGAAGAAGAGUGGACCGCAAGUCACCAACAAGGCAAAAAGUAGUCCAAAAACUUCCUUCAGAUUUUGCAUUUGGGGAUAAUGUUGACAAGACAGUGUUUGCUGACCCCGAAGAUGCCGUGUUUGUAAGGUCCAUGAAGAGAUCGCUGAUGGGCAUCAAGUGCAUGAACUGGGACACUGUCCCAACAACACAAGAGGAGCGGCACGAGGAGCAGAAAGGGAUCGACUCUGCCCAGAUGGUCAUGAUUUCUCUGAGAUAA